AUGAAUGUAGUAGAAGAGAGGCACAGCACAAUUGUAGUCGAAGAGGUGUAUCAGAAUCCUCCACAACAACGAAAUGGCGUGGCUCAGGGAUUUGUUAUCAAUAAUGAACCUUCAGCCCCUCCGCCUCCUCCACCGCCUCCUCCGCCCAUAACUGUCGUCAACACCAAUGUGUAUGUAAACCCUGGAGAACACGUCACAGAAAUCGUAGGUACAUUAAUUUCUCUAUCAAACCUUAAUGAUGCAGCUGGCUUUAAAGUAAGAAGCUUCAGAUUAUCAAAAUCCGAAGGAACAUCAGAAACAGAAGAGCAAAAAUCAUCAACAGCACCUCGAAGACUUCCAUGUUGCGGUAUAGGUGUUGGCUGGUUUUUGUUUAUGGUGGGGUGGUUUCUUUGUGGCAUCCCUUGGUACGCUGGGGCAAUUAUUCUACUUUGCUCGAAAGUGGAUCCCCGUGAGAGACCUGGAUAUAUUGGCUGCUCCAUUCUUGAGAAGGAGGUACUAACUCUAGACAAUAUUAUUGCUCUUGUGCAGGCUCUUGUAAUUACUGUUAUAGUCAUUAUCCUGGCCGCAAAAGGGAAAUUCUGA